GACCACCGAACAAUGGCGGCAUGGACAAAGACGGCCCGUCAAGCAGCGAAUAUGGCGCGGCUUUCCUCUCCCAAGUCGGUAUCCACCGCAAAACCUGCUUCCCUCGUCCAUCGGCGCGGUCUUGCCGGCGGCGGCGAUCAUCAUGGACCUCCGAAGGUGAACUUUUGGGAGGACCCAAUGCACCCAUCUAAAUGGAAGGAAGAACAUUUUGUGCUCGUCUCUUUAGCUGGAUGGGGGGCGGUUAUAUAUGGGGGUUACAAGCUCUUCACAAAAGGCAAAGAGGACAAAAAGAAAGAGAGAGUUGAAGAACGGCCACACUAACUUUCGGGGGACUGAAUAGAUGUGCAAAUAAAUAAACCGUGUGUGUUUUGGCAUGAUGUUACAGGACACCGUACUUUUUUAGGCAGUUUUUGUUGUACAUGGCAACUUUGUAACUACACGGUGCCUAUUCACUUUACCAAAUGUUGGUUUUGCCUAUAGUGGAUAUAUUCCUCCCGAUGUACCCAAGUUUGAAUCCUCCUCUGCACCUCAUAACAAUGAAUGGGCAAAAAUUUAUCUCA